AUGCCCCCUUUCCUCCUUGCAUCCACCUCGGAAGGCCUUCUCCACCCCGCAUUCUUCGUCGGGGCAAGGAUAUUAGCCUCGCAUGGGGAUGGGUGGAACUCGUACCAGGUGCAUCGCCCAUUGACCGCAUUCGCAUCCAGCAACCCCCAUACCGAAGCCCUAACCGAUCCUUACCACUCUAUUCACACAGCCAACUAUGCAAUCCCAGGAAUCCCUCUUCCCUUCCCCAAGUCCAGAAUCAAGACCACUGGCCCCUUCCUUCCCUUCAAUCCCCACGAUAUCAACUCGACCAUCCCCCUCGGGACUCCCUCUCUCCCUUCCCCAACUUCUUACCUCAUACACACACCCUACCCCUACACCAAGACCAAGAAAAAAGACCCAGACUCAACCCAGGUAAGUUCUCCCAACCUCCGCAUCCACCCCUCUUCCAAGAAUCUGUAG